AUCAUAAACGUCUGUCAAUCAUCUAUCUAAUUAUAUUGUGUCCAGAAACAUAAGCCAAUCAGAAAGCAGAAUUGUCCUAAAUUAUACACUGCAGCUUUGAUUCAUAAUCAUAGUAGUGAUAUUUAAAGUUAAUGAAUUUUAGAGAAUAUUACUGAAAAGAAAAGUUAAACUGUUUUCACUAUUUCAACAAUCAUCAGCUGGACUAAGUGAGGAAAAACUGUUUAUUUACAAUGCAUAGGCGUAUUUCAACUGUUGAUAAUCCAUUUCGCGAGGAGAAUAUUAGAUGUUCUAUGGAACAAAAUAUGAAGUAUUUAUCAAAGAAAGAAUUAAGAAAAUUUUCAAAUCCUCAUAGGCAAUCGGAAGGAGGAUACCAUCAACUUGACGGUGUGAAAAGGAAUAAUUCAAACUCAAGUAGAUUAGAUGAAGAUAUAAAGCCGGUUGGCAGUCGUGUACACAGCUAUUCAGAUGACGAAUACACUUUCACAUCUGUCGAUUCACAAACUAAGCGAAGAUUCAGUUUCUCACAAAUGCUGCUACGUAAAGCUUCGAGUAUUUCCAGAAGAUUUCGAUAUUACAUGGUGCACAGUGUCGCAUUGUUCCACGAAGACUUGUAUGGUUUAUCAUGGUCUGAAGCACACGAUAUAUUACAGUCAUCAUAUAACACUUCUGGUGAACACGGUGAACUUUACAAUCAUGCGAACUUGAUAAAGCCCAGAAAUAAGCGUCAUUUCAGCACAUCCGCCAUACCAAAUUACUAUACUCCUACCAACAGUGUACGAUCAAGUAAGAUCGCAAAUGUCAGCACAUCACGAAAGCAUUCAAGACUUUAUCACUUAGACAAACCACAUUAUAUUCAGUGUAAGACUGCCGAAGGACAUAGUAUUGAAGAGGAAUUAGUGGCUCACAGUAUUAACUCAAUGACUAAAAGUCACAGCACACAACAAACUAUCAAUAAUAAGACAAACGUAUCUGAAUCUUUGAAGCAGUCAUUUAAUGAUGUGAAACUCAAUGACACACGUAAAUCACCUGAAGAUGAGUUGAAUCCAUUAGUAAAUGAAUCAGUUCAUCUUUCGAAUAUGACGUCUUUAACAGUAGCUGUUGACUCGCCAGUUGACGAAUCAAUUAAAAACAAAAUUAACAGUACAUCGAGUGGUACAGAAAACACUGAAGAACUUCAAAUUAUACUGGGUAAAGAACAAACGAACUUAAACUCUCAUAAUAACAGUUAUUCAAAUUUGCAGGAGUUAAAUAUUUUAAACUUUGACAGAAUCACUCUCCAUAACAAUAAUGAAGAAGACAAUCAGCUACGACGAACAAAGUGCAGGCAACAAUUAGAACAUAUUAAAGGUUGGUUUGUCAAUUUUACAGAACGUCGAAAUAAGAUAUCAAGGGAGUCAAAAGGUUCUGUAGAUGAAGGAUUUAAGGGAAGAAGAUUUGAAAAGCCCUUGUCAGUUGGAAUUAGCAGUCAUUGAUCUUUCGAAUUGUUACUAGUGGGGGCUAUAUGCUAACAGAAAUAAACGGCUUUAUUCGUUCCAGUAGGCUGAAGUGGAGCGCCAUUGUACAGAGAACUGAUAUGUCUCAACCAAAAUUUGAAAGCUUUUUAAUUAAUUACCUGGUGAACAUUGGUAACUGUAAACAGAUUAAAUAUCAUUUUUGUUAAAAAAAAAACCACUAAAUUUGU